UUGAAGGGCGAACGUAGAAUUAAGCAUGAAAAAAGCGAGAUGGGCUGAGACUGAGCGCCUUGGGCCGCACCCCUAAGGAGACAUAGGGUUUCACUCUCACAGCUCAUGUCUUUCUCGUUCUGCUGUUUCUCAAAUCAAAUCAUCUCUAGCACACGCACCGGCUACCACCAUCUCUUACCUUUCGUUUCAUGCAUUUUCGAUAAUCUCAUCUCAUAGCUGUUUUCUUUUCUCUGAGUCUUCUUUCUCCACAAUCCACAUAGGUGGCGACCAAACUCCAAACCACGGGCGGAAGCCACUCUCUCUAGCGGCCACCAGGAGUUCAAUAUAGAUAAGGCCUUGUAAUGGCAAAUAGAGCUGAUCCUGAUAUUGACGACGAUUUGCGUGAUCUUUACAAGGAGUACACUGGUCCUCUGGGAUCUGCUCCUACCAAUACGCAAGAUAGGGAAAAAUCAAACAAAAGGUCUCAUGCUGGUUCAGAUGAAGAGGAGGAGCCACGGGACCCUAAUGCUGUUCCAACCGAUUUCACCAGCCGAGAGGCUAAGGUUUGGGAGGCUAAGUCAAAGGCUACUGAGAGGAAUUGGAAGAAAAGGAAAGAAGAGGAAAUGAUCUGCAAACUUUGUGGAGAAUCAGGGCAUUUCACUCAGGGUUGUCCGACUACUCUUGGAGCAAACCGCAAGUCUCAAGAUUUCUUUGAAAGGAUACCCGCAAGGGAUAAAAAUGUAAGAGCGCUUUUCACAGAGAAAGUUCUAAACAAGAUUGAAAGGGAUAUUGGCUGCAAAAUUAAGAUGGAUGAGAAAUUUAUUAUUGUCAGUGGUAAGGAUAGAUUAAUUUUGGCAAAAGGUGUUGAUGCGGUGCACAAGAUUAGAGAGGAGGGUGAACAAAGAGGAACUUCUAGUUCUCACAUGGCCAGGUCAAGGUCUCCUGAGCAAAGUCCUGUUGGUGCUCGGUUUCAACGAUCUGAGCCCCAGAGGUCUCAUUCUGGACCGCGAAAUGCAUCUCAGUUUCAACAAAGGUUUGGUAGGCAAGAGAGAGCUGUUGAAGACCGCGUGCGAGAGGACAUGCAAAAGUUUGCAAGAGGUUCUCCACAAGCUUAUGGUAAUAGUGGAGCAAGAGGUCGGUCAAGCCAUUCAAGAUCACCAAGACAGCCCCCUUACACAGGGAACUCAUAUAAUUCAAUUGAUGGCCGCAAUCAGAACAUAGGAUCUUAUAGGAAUGAUGGGUGGGAUUCUCACAGAAGAGAAUCUGCAGGGAUCCAACCCAGUCAUCAGUUUGAUUAUAGCACUUCCCCCAAGACUUUAGAAGAAUUAGAGUUGGAGUAUAAGAAAGAGGCAACUGAGCUAAUGAAAAACCGUGACAGGGAAGAAGAUGAAGAAAAUUUCAAGCAUCGUGAGGCUGUUCGAGACUUGAGGGAGAACUACAUGAACAAAGUUGCUAUGUUAAGGGUCUCACAUGCUAAACAAUGGGAAGAGUUUCUUCAGCUUGAAGCCCAGAGGCAUCAACAGCACACAAUCCAACAAAUCCCUUCUGGUUUUGGCAGUUAUAAGCAGCAGAAUUUCACCGAAUAUGAUGGUUCCGCUGUCAAUCCUCACUAUGCUGGGCCCAACUUACCCUUGGAAUCGAGGAACAGGUUCUCAGACAUGGAGACUUAUCCUACCAGGCCUCACGAUAAUUUUGGUGAUUUUCAGAGGCGUGGUGGAGAUUUUGCAAAAGCUUACAACAGAUAUUAAAUUGUUAUAUGUGAAUGAAGUGGGUCCAGCUUGAUGGAGAAAAGUAUAAUGCAUGGGGAGGCCAAGGUAGGUAAGUAUGUUGAAUAAACGGUAGGGUUAGAACGGGACAUGCAGUGUGGUUGAUGAAUUUAGUUACCUGGUAAAUUAGUUUUGUCAGGACUUCAAUGCAAUAUUUUGUUAUCCGAAACUGGUAAUGUGAAACUGCUUUUCCGCCUGGUUAUUGCUGUGUAGACAUACUUUGUGUUCAGUAGUAACAUUGAUUUUGGUAGAA